AUGUCUGAGAUCCAGUACUUGGCCGGUUUGUGGACUCUGCUCCUCUUGCAGACUGGAUGUGGUGAGUUUAAUUCUUGAUUAAUUUUUUUUUUUUAGUUUGUGGAAAAAUAUAUUUUUCUAGGUGAAGGGUGAAUUCAAGUUUUUUGGUAAUUUUAGACUGCUGUUUGUGGAAGAUUAAACUCUAAGGACUUUUCCCUGAUCAUGCUUGUUUGCUCUUACCAUGACCAAACAAGAUUUUGAAAAGAAGAAUCCACAUCUACCAUUUUAAAUAUUUUUUAUUUAAUGCGUUUAUUGUGUUAGAAAUUUGGUCAAACAUGAAGUUGCUGCUUUUAGCACAGUUUAUGAUUUUGCUCUCGUCUACCAAAAUGAAAUCAAAAGUUCAAAAACAGCGACUUUUACCUUUUUCAAAUACUGUAAUGAGUCAAAAAUGCAUAUGAGCAGAAAAGUGUAUAUUCGAACACAUUGUAGUUCUCUUUUUCUGGUUUGCUUGUUUCAAGUCUGCACUGAGAUCGCGUUCUUGGAGAGGGAUGAGGGAGGGUCAGUGGUUCUCCCCUGUGCUGUGGACAAGAAACACCCUUCACCUUACGGCGUCUACCUGAAACGCAGGUGGCUGCAGCAGAGUGAGGUGUUGUUCAUGUACACUCAGAGUGAUCCCAGCAUGAGCGCGGAUCACAAGAACCGCACCAGUGUGAAUGGAGACCCAGACAGCCACACUGUGAAUGUGACCAUCUCUCAGCUGAGGGCCAGCGACACAGACCGUUACUACUGUGAGUUUGUUGUGGAUAAUCCGUCCUCCAAAGACCUGAGGCUGCAGGGAAACACUGAAUUCUUCCUCCUGGUUAACUCUGGUGAGUUAUGUUUUUUUUCUCUGUCUUCAUCCAAAUGUUUUUUAACCGUUCCUCACCUUAACUUUCCAAAACAACAACCCACGCUACCACAAAAAGAGGUUUAGAAACUCCCACAUAAAAGCAACAGUGGAGGCGGUUGACAUUUAGACAGUUUUUUUUUAAAAUUUCUGUGCACUGCUGAAGCUGGACUCAAGAGGUUUUACAUACAUGAUUUAUCAUCAUCAUUCUAAAUUAUGGAGGGUUUUUGUACAGGGUUGUCACUUUUAACCAAAUUAACAAUCACAGAUUUAAAAGGUUUUCAUGCUGGACCAGGAUGGUGGAUUUUUUCUGUUUUGCAAGCUUGCAACCCAAAGUUUCUUUAUUGUGUUUUCCAAACAUAAAAACAUCAACAUAUCUAUAUAUACAAAGAAAACUUGAAACCUUGACAGACAAUAUUUCGGAUGAUUUCCUAAAAUACGUGUUGGUAUCAUGUGAUGUCAAGCCUCAUGUUUUUGCAGUUUCUUUAACAACAUUAACAAGGACCAGAGCUCCAAUCAUCUAAUCUUUAAAUCUUUGCAUGAUAUCUUCUCUUGAUUUUAGACAUGACUGUUCUCUGCUGGUUUGUUUUUACAAUCGUGAGUUCAUGUGUGUUAACCGUUUGUUGGCUGUUCAUUUGUUUUGAUUUGAUACAGAUUUCAAAAUGCUAUUUUACAUCCUGAAAAUAGCAUUUAAGAUAGCAUCUCCAUAUUCUCAAUGGGAACUGAGAAUAGGUUAUUUUUUAAUCACAUAUUUACAUUUCCACCCGUGCACUGCUCUAUGAGGCAAAUUCAGCUUAACCAGUUCACAGCAGCUGAAAUAACUUCAGCAGAAAGAGGAAAUGAGAUUUGGAGAUUCACCUUUAAAAAUAACAGAGCUGAUGAGAGUUAGACCAUGUCCUGGACCAAACACAGGUGAUGUUCUAAGUGUGGCUACCUUUUCCCUCUGGAGACUCUCCCAGGUCCAUGGACAUAGGUUUGGUAAAUACCUGUGCAGGGGGAUCUGCUGUAAUACCCUGUCUCCCCCCUCGAGGGGAGACCCUGGCCAUCGAGGCGGUGAGUCUUAAGCGGCAGAAGAGUCAGGGAGCACCUGUGGAGCUGUUGUACCACUCAAAGCAUCAACCUGGAAACAACCCUUCAACCUCCUUCUCCUCCUCAUCCUGGCUCCCUGAAAAGAGGGUCCAGCUGUCGUCGACCCUCCACCCUGAAGGCAUCACCUACAACCUCACCCUGCUGCAGCUCCAACCUGAAGACAGCGCUCUUUACAGCUGCGUGCUGCUCCAGCGCGGCUCGCCUGAUAAAAGCACCCACUUUGGCAGAAAGGUGUUCUAUGUGUCAGUGCAAGGUGGGUCACUUCUCAGCGGUGCCCGAAGAAAAGGUCGCUCAGACAAACUCAUAUUUUCUUUUGAUACUAACAGCUGUUCUGUUUCUGCUUUGAUGCAGUCCUGGUUUGAGCAUGACCUUUUUUUUAAAUCUCUUAUUUCUUGUGUGAAGCUCUUCUGUAAUAAUCAUUGCGGUAACACUUUACAGUAACAAUAAUUUAUAAAUGGUAAAUAGAUAGUUUUUUUAUUAUUUAAUCAUCAUUUAAAAACAGCAUAUAGACCAAUUAUGAAUUACAAUUAGAUGGUUUAUUAAUGUAAGUUAAUAGUAACUUUAUCAUUAACAAGCAAUGAAAUUAUGAUUAAUAAUUGUCAUUAAUUAUUAAUGGACUAUUUAUUAAAGGUUUAAAUAUUGGUUGUAAAACAUCUAGAUUAAAAUGUGUGUCAGUAGCACUUUGUAAAUGGUUAAUAUUUGGUUUUUAAAACAUCUGUAAAAAUUACUUAGAUGGUUAUUGUAAAGUUAGGGUUGGGGUUAGGUAUUUAAAAUAGUAAAAUUUACAAUUUAUUAAUAGAUAGAUAGAUAGAUAGAUACUUUAUUAAUCCCAGAGGGAAAUUAAAAAAUGGUCUAUAUGCUAUUUAUAAAUGAUGAUUAAACAUUAAUAAACUAUCUGCUUAACAUUUAUAAGUGAUGGUUAUUGUAAAGUGUUACCACCAUUACUAAUACAUCCUGAAAAUAACAUUUAAGAUGGCGACGGUUCACAUGCUCUUCAUAUUCUCAAUGGGAACUGAGAUUGUUUUUGUUUUUUUGAAGUUGGAAAAUAUAGAUUGAAAAAAUAUAUAUCUUUAAGAUACAGGUGCCAAAACUCAUUUUACAGCCAUAAAAGGAUUAUUGGUCAUUUAUUACUAAUUUUCAUUGUCUCAUGUAAUACAAGGAGGAAAAAAAAAGUUAAAAUCAAACAAUAAAAUUCAAGAGUGAAUGUUUCCUGAUAACUGUCGCUUUUGGAGAUUUUUGGAGCACAAUUGUUCUUCAAAAAAACACCAAGAGAUAAAAUCAGUCAGAGGGAAAAAAAAAGAAAUAAUAGAAAUCAGGCCCUAAGUGACGGAUCAUUAAAUAUGUUUUUUUUGUUUUUUUCCAGGCUGUCAGUUUGAACCGGUCGAACUCGAGAGGCUGACUAAUGUCACAUUUUAUUUUCUCAACUCUAGCAGAGCUAAUCGGACCAAACUAAUAUCAGACUUUUGAGUUUCCAUUUGUGCAUUCAUGAAGACUCUUCUGACUGCAUAUCUGAUGAUCUCCAGGUUUUGAAGAUUAGUCAUCACACAUUGGCUAAUCCUUUCCUCUCAGUAAUAUCAUGUUGGAACUAGGAAGGAAGUGCAGCUCAGCGAUUUCUGCAAUUCCUGUCACCGUUUCACACUACAGAUGUGUUUAACCACAUACUAACACAUGUUGCUUUGGAGUUUUGCUUUUGUUUUUCAUGCUGCACUUCUUUUAAAUGACAAAUUCUGAGCACCGUGGGAGCUAAAUGCUGUCAGUGAUAUUAUUCUCUGUUUCUCUACAGAUCAGUGCGGCUGCUCGGGUUACUCCACCCUGCUGUACGCGCUCUCUGCGGCAGUGGCCAUCCUCCUCCUCCUCCUCUUCAUCAAAUGUGUGCUGUCUUGUAAAGUGAGUAUCUUCUCGCCUGAUAACAUGUUGCCUUGACUCCACUCAAGAAGGGGGGGAAACGAAACUAUCAUAUCGCCACAGGCAGCACCUGUCUUUUCUUAGAGCGAGCGUGCUGGUGUGUCUUCUACAGCUCACCACAAACUAGUUUCACAACUUUUUUUGCUCGUAGCUGUCAGCAUGUUUUUCUUGAAGCUCAUUAAGGCAAAAUGUGAAAACCUUUGUUCCACUUAAAAUGACUUACAGAAGUUUAUUCUACUGCUGAGAUAAACAGAGUUGUUUGUCUGAGUGAGAGGUACAGAUUCAAUGAGGAUCUGAUACUAAGACUUGUUGUUCAGGAUGUGACUCUGUAAUGAAAGGAAAAGCUUUGAUUUUAACACAGGAAAUCAGGUCGUCUCUGUUUCCUUUACUGAUUUAAUUCUGCUUUUUUUUUUAAAUUUCAUUCUGACUGUCAGGGCAAAACCAACCGCAGAGACAAGUCACACCCUCAGAUUCCCAUCUAUGAAGAGAUGACCGGGGUGAAAAGCGAAAGUCGGAAGCUGGCUCCUCACCAUCUGGAGGAAAUGGAUUCUUCUGAGUACAAAAACUGUGACUUGAAGAGAUCUUGUCCUGAGAACUAUUACGAGCACCCCACUGGAAGCCUUCACCCAAGGAAAGUAUCCCCAUGA